GACUAUAUGGUUACGAGUGUAAACAACCUGUAAUUUUUCCGAAAGUUUGUCUGAAAAAAUGGAAUAGCUUGGCAAAAAUAGGACAUUUGAUACAUUCCCAGUGAGCUGAGUUGAAAAUGUAGACAAUUUUAAGGAGUCACAACGAUACCCUGAAUAUUACGGAUUGACAAAAGAUUUAGGAAAAAUUGGGCAAUACAAUAUGCAUUCUAGGGCAUAUUUACUAUUGGACAGAGAAUAUUUCAUGCUGCAAAGAGAUCCUGUAUGGGGAAUAAAUGCCCACCCACUUUCACAGGACAAUAUGAUGGAAUGGACAGCAACAAUACGAGGAUUGAAGGGCACAAUAUGGGAAGGUGGAAUUUUUGUUCUCAGUCUGAAAUUUGAUGAAAAUUUCAACUACAGGCCGCCUGAUAUCCGUUUUCAUACAAUCCCAUUUCAUCCGAAUAUUGACAUGCAGACAGGCCGUCCAUGUGUGGAAUUUCUUGAUAAUGUAAAUUAUUGGAAAGAGACGUACAGUUUACAAAGCAUUUUGUUAGCUAUUCAGUGUAUGUUGUCAAAUCCAGUAGUAGCCAGAGCAGUGAAUGAAGAAGCAGUUAGUAUAUUUCAGAAUUCACCCAGUCUUUACAAGCAGAUGGUCAUAGAUUGUGUCAAUGCCAGCCAGAAGGUCUUUGCUGGUGAAGCGAUUGCAACAGAAGGAUCGAGGGUUCACUUUGAGAGCGGAACCGGAGAGAAGGAAGACCCUGAGAGCGGGGCUAACUCUGGUCUGAGCAUCCUGAAGAUGGCAAGGAUAUCGUUUGAUGAAUACCUUACAACGUGGACUGGAAUAGCAACGUCGAAAGCUCGGGCUGAAAUGAAGAAUCCUUUGCUGGAAGCCAUUAGUAAUGAUCCCAAGCUUCAAACAGCUCACUUUGGCCUGGAUAUGGAGGAACUACAGAAUCAUAUGAAACAUCAGUUAGAAACGCACAAUUCUCUGAUGUAUGGCAAGUUUGGCCCUAAGCAACCCAACAAAGAGCCAGACGGGAAGGAAAAGAGACUGGAUCAUAUUAAUAAAAUGAGGAAGAUAUAUCUCCCAAAACGAACAGUUCCCCCUCCAUCAACUGCCCCCAGCGAAGCGGAGGAUGCCUGGGAGAAGGAGGUCGAUGACCUGGUAGCAUGGACGAACGACCUCAGUGAAGAUCUCCUAAAAUGAUGUUCAGGUCAAAAUACGAAAGACGUAUAACAUGACUCAUUCAGCCAAGUUAUUGAGACUGAAUAAGUUAGCUCAGAAACCACAGUGCACUUCAGAAACUGAAGAGAUUUGUGAAAAAAAUGUAUUCAGUUCUACAUGUGUAGGCCAUGAAACUCGAAUGUUCUUAUCUCCAGAGAGAGAGG